AUUCAAAAUGGAUAGUAUAGAAGAACCUCAGAAAAAAGUCUUUAAGGCUCGAAAAACAAUGAGAGUGAGUGAUCGUCAACAACUGGAUGCAGUGUACAAGGUCAAAGAAGAACUGUUGAAAACUGAUGUCAAGCUGUUAAAUGGCAAUCAUGAAAAUGGAGAUGUGGACCCAACCUCACCUUUGGAGAAUAUGGAUUAUAUUAAUGACAAGGAUGAGGUGAAUGGCCUUGAAGAACUUUGUUUUAAUCCUGAGAAAAGUAAAUCAGAAUGGAAAGAAACACCUUGUAUCUUAAAUGUUAAUGUAAAAAACAAUUCAGAUGAUGAUUUAAAGCAUGAAUCUUUGUCUCCUAGUAGUAAAACUCCUGAACUAAACUCUAAAGUGACCACUGAACCAGCUCCUGGUGAUCCACCUUCAGGUGAUUUGGCUACUGGAGAUCUGCCAGCCUCUGGAGAUACGGCCUCUGAAGUAUCAACCUCUGGUGAUCCCACCUCUAGUGAUCCCACCUCUGGUGAUGCCACUUCUGGUAUUCCAACCUCUGAUGAGCCUGCCUCUAGUGAUCCUGCCUCUGGUGAUCCAGCCUCUGGUGAGCUGGUUGCUGGUGAACUGAUGUCUGGGGAGCCAGUCCCUGGUGAACUGGUCUCCAGUGAACCAGUCCCUGGUGAACUGGUCUCCAGUGACCCAGUCUCCAGUGAUCCAGUCUCUGAUAGUUCAGCUUCUGAUGAUCUGGCCUCUGGAACACUGGCCUCUGAUGAUGCAGCUUCUGGUGAUCUGGCUUCUGGUGGUCCAGCCUGCGGUGAUCUGACUUCUGGUGACCAGGUCUCUGGUGAUCUGGCCUCUGGUGAUCUGAUCUCUGAUGAACCAAUUGCUGAUAAACCAACUUCUGAAUCUGCCUUCGAUUCCACUUUUGAAUCGAGUUCUGUACCAGUUUGUGUGCCAGUUCCUGACACUGACAAAACAGAACCUAGUAGCAAUAAAGGUGAUGAUUUUCUUGAACAAAAUGGGGAUGAUGAAAAGUUAGAUGAAAUUUUCUCAUUUGAAAAGAGUAAAAAAGCUGAUAGUAAUAUUGAUGCUGCUGAAGAAACUCUAGAAGCAGGUGAUACAAUCGUUUGUUCAGCUACACCUCCUGAAAAUGAAAAGGUAGAGGAAGAUGCUGUCACAGAACCUGUUCUUGGAGAGGAGGAUAUAUCUAGCAGUAUGGAAAUUGACCAAAGUGAAAAGAAUGAAGGUGAAAAUUCUGCAGACCUUGCAGAAACCAUUAGUGAAAAUGUUAUAAAAGAUGACAAAAAUGAGAAUAUAUUAGAAAGUACAGAUUCUAUGGAGACAGAUGAAAUUAUUCCUAUUUUGGAAAAGCUUGCACCUGCUGAAGAUGAACUUACUUGCUUUUCUAAAACUUGUCUUCUUCCAAUUGAUGAAACAAAUCCAGAUUUGGAAGAGAAGAUGGAAAGUUCUUUUGGUUCACCAUCUAAACAAGAAAGUAGUGAGAGUUUGCCAAAAGAAGCCUUUUUGGUCCUCUCUGAUGAAGAGGAUAUUUCAGGUGAAAAAGAUGAGUCUGAAGCUGUGUCACAAAAUGAGUCAUGCUCUCCAGAGGCUCAAAAUAAUGAAAAGGACAGGAAACCAGAGGAAAAAGAGCAAGUAGUAAUACAUGAAGAUGAAAGAACUUCUAAGAAAAUUGAAUUUUCCAGAAGAAAACGUUCUAAAUCUGAGGACAUGGACAACGUACAGUCCAAACGUCGUCGAUACGUGGAAGAAGAAUAUGAGGCAGAAUUUCAAGUAAAGAUUACAGCCAAAGGAGAUAUUAACCAGAAGCUGCAAAAGGUUGUACAGUGGUUGCUGGAAGAAAAAUUGCGUGCACUACAGUGUGCUGUAUUUGAUAAGACUUUGGCAGAAUUGAAAACACGAGUGGAAAAGAUCGAAUGUAAUAAGAGGCAUAAAACAGUUCUUACUGAACUACAGGCCAAGAUAGCCAGGUUAACCAAACGCUUUGGAGCAGCCAAAGAAGAUCUUAAGAAAAGACAAGAAAAUCCACCAAACCCACCUGUACCUGUAUCACCAGGAAAGUCUAUAGUUGAUGUCAACAGCAAUAACAGUGUGCCCUAUAGAAACACAGGUACAGUGAGACAGUUGCUGGAGUCCAAAAGAAAUGUAAGCGAGAGUACACCACCAUCCAUUCAAACCCCUGUGAAUACAGUGUCUUCAACCAAUCUUGUCACUCCUUCAACAGUUGUCAGUAGUCAACCUAAAUUGCAGACUCCAGUGACUUCGGGUUCUCUGACAUCAAUUCUUCCUGCACCCAACACAGCUACAGUAGUUGCUACUACUCAGGUGCCUAGUGGAAAUCCCCAACCUACAAUCUCUUUACAAUCAUUACCAGUGAUUUUGCAUGUACCUGUUGCGGUAUCCUCCCAGCCUCAACUCCUACAGAGCCAUCCCGGGACUUUAGUAACUAAUCAACCAUCUGGCAACGUUGAAUUCAUUUCUGUACAGAGCCCACCUACAGUGAGCAGUCUCACCAAAAAUCCAGUAUCUUUGCCAUCCUUGCCAAAUCCCACUAAACCAAACAACGUUACUUCUGUGCCCAGUUCUAGUAUUCAAAGGAACUCUCCUGCCAGUGCUGCACCAUUAGGAACAACACUUGCUGUACAGGCUGUUCCAACAGCGCACUCUAUUGUACAAGCCACAAGGACUUCUUUACCCACAGUAGGCCCAUCAGGACUCUACAGUCCAUCAAAUAAUCGCGGUCCUAUACAGAUGAAAAUUCCAAUUUCUGCUUUUAGUACUUCAUCUCCUGCAGAACAGAGCAGCACUACUACCCCAAGAAUUGAAAACCAGACAAACAAAACAAUAGAUGCUUCUAUUAAGAAAGCAGCUGAUAGCACAUCACAGAGUGGAAAAGCCACAGCCAGUGAUUCAGGUGGUGUCAUUGAUCUUACAAUGGAUGAUGAAGAGAGUGGAACUUCACAAGACACUAAAAAGCCAACUCACACUCCAGUGUCAGCCAUGAGUUCUUCUCAGUCUGUGUCUCGGCCGUUGCAACCUAUCCAGCCAGCACCACCUCUUCAACCAUCUGGGGUGCCAACAAGUGGACCAUCUCAGACAACAAUACACUUACUACCUACAGCUCCAACCACUGUGAAUGUAACACAUCGUCCAGCAACUCAGGUGACCACGAGACUUUCUGUACCAAGAGCUCCUGCAAACCAAGUGGUUUAUACAACUCUCCCUGCACCAACAGCUCAGGCUCCCCUGCGAGGAACUGUUAUGCAGGCUCCUGCUGUUCGGCAGGUCAAUCCCCAAAAUAGUGUCACGGUUCGAGUGCCUCAAGCAACUACAUAUGUUGUAAACAAUGGAAUAGCCCUGGGAUCCCCAGGACCUCAGCUCACAGUGCAUCAUCGACCCCCACAGGUGCACACUGAGCCCCCACGCCCUGUGCACCCAGCACCCUUACCAGAAGCCCCACAACCACCGCGCCUGCCCCCAGAAGCUGCCAGCACAUCUCUGCCUCAGAAGCCGCACUUGAAGUUAGCACGAGUUCAGAGUCAAAAUGGCAUUGUACUGUCAUGGAGUGUCCUGGAAGUGGAUCGAACCUGUGCCACUGUUGACAGCUACCAUCUCUAUGCUUACCAUGAGGAGCCCAGUGCCACUGUGCCCUCACAAUGGAAAAAGAUUGGAGAGGUAAAGGCACUUCCUUUGCCAAUGGCAUGCACUCUGACCCAGUUUGUAUCUGGCAGCAAAUACUACUUUGCCGUACGGGCCAAGGAUAUUUAUGGACGUUUUGGACCUUUCUGCGAUCCUCAGUCAACGGAUGUGAUCUCUUCUUCCCAGAGCAGUUAAACCUUGGACCCUUUCUCUCUUCUUCUUUGAAAAGUUCCACUUUUUGGUCUUAUUUUAAUCUUGUGCAUGAUACCCAUUGUAAAAAUCUACAUUGUGCGAGAUUUCUUGGACAGAUGUGUAUAUACACUACGUUUGUUUAUAAUCAGAGAAUAAAAUAAACUUAGCUCAUAAAGCAAGAACCUUUUCCUGAACAAUUCAAGCUUCAAGGUUUUGAAAUGUAAAUGUGCAUUUUCCUUUAGUCUUGAGGCUGGGGAAUAAUAUGUUUGGGUGUUUGUGUGGUUUUAUUUUUUUCUAUUUAUAUAUGUUUGUUGCAGUGGAAUCUCCCAUUUUCAUUCUCAAAUUACCUCUCUUCUAGCAUAAAGUAGAGCAAAGCAUCUGAGGUAUGUAACUGGCAUGAUUGUAUUUCUAAGGGAUCUGUAGUUUCAUAGUUAAAUGAUUUAAACAGAAUCUAAACAAAACCCAAAGGGGAAAAAAAAAAGCAAAAUGGUUAAAGAGCUUAAAAUAGGUUAAUUUGCACACAGGAAAGGAUCUGUUUUAUCUUUUGUUGUCUCUUCUGGGUUGUUAAAUAGGCGAAAACAUCUAAAUGGCCCCUCCCUUUUCUAAUCUUACUUUUACAUUUAUUUUGUGCCUUAAACAUUAACUGCAAAAAUAAACAUGGCCAUUUGUCCAUUGUUGUUUCUUUCCUUUCAGCUUUUAGCCCUUCAUUUUUCCUUUAUCUCCGCAAAAUAUAGAACACUCCCUCAAGUAAAUGUUAAAACAAGGCUUUUAUACAUAUUCUCAUCAGUGGCAUUACUAUAUCUAACUCCAAAAUUUUCACUUGCUAUUUUCUCCUAAGAAUAUAAAUGCUUUUAUUUUUGGUCACCAUUUAAAUUUACUUUAUGUAAAGUAGACCAAGAGAAGACCGAACUGUGUAAGAAACUUUUCCUACAAAAAUUUCAGUAUCUGUGCUCACACGGUGUCAGAAAUUAUGAAAGCAAUUAUAGUUUAUCACCCAAAGCAUAAUAUUCUUUCAAAGGAAAUAGUCAAACUUACAAAAUACAGUGAGUUAAAAUAUUAAAGGGAAAGAUACAUUAUCUCUUUAUUCUUGUAUCAUUGUUCCUUUUGUUAACUUUUAACUUUGUUUUGAUGGUGCCAAGUUUUGUGUAAUUUAUCCUAUGUCAGCUUUGGAUAGAAUUCAAAGCAUAUCCUUUGGGGUCAGUUUAUGUAACAAUUAGAUAUGACUUAGUUCUCUGUUCCUCUUCAAAGUUAAUCAAAGUCAGCUUAGGUGUCCUGCAUUUUCAAUACGAGUGCGAGCUCUAUUGGUAUCAGAUAGUUGAGUGUAGAUAGUGUAGGACAGGACUUCCUGGGUACACUUGGGGAUGAGAGUACGGUUGGGAAUAUUUUUAAAGGAAUUAAUGGAGUUCGUGAAAUAAUUUAUCAUCUUCCCUUAUCAUAUUUGAAUUCAUAUUUGUACCUUCUCAAAUUAUACCUCCUGAAAUUAUAGGAGGGAGCAAUCCUCUCCAUUAAUGCUUUGUUUGCCACAUUGGUGGCUUGAAACUGGAAGCAUUCUAGUUGUAAAGUCUUUAAAUAGACUUUCACCAGUCAGUGUAUGUCAUGUUAUGUGUGAAUUUUGGUUGAUGCUGAAGAAAGCCUACAGGUUGCCAAAUUAUAAAUGCUCCAAAACCUUCCUUUCACUUUCAGAAAAUAAGGCCACAAUGAGAAUUAAAGUUUCCAUGAAUCAAAUUUGCCAACCAUGUAGCUAUUACUCGUUCUAGGACUAAUGACGAUGGUAAAGAAGUUGCCAAUGUCAUGCCAAUGAAAAUUUCGAAAGGGAGGUAGAUGUAUAUGAAUACCUAUCGAUACCUGCAUGUAUAUAUGUUUCUACCUGCCGUGGAUGCAACAUUGAUUAUGUGCUCAAGGUCAUUCCUGUCUACAGAAUAGAAAGCUCAUGUUCAAAAUUGUUCUUUAUUGGCCUUUUUUUGGUCAUGUGAUAACAAUUUGCCUACCUAGCCUUGAAAUGGUUCCCUUGGUGAAUGUUUCUAUUUAUAGUCACUAAUCCCUUUUUGAAAGAGUUUUUGUAGCACUAUAUAAUCCUGUGAAGAAAGCCCAGUAGAAUGCAAAUAUUUCAUUAUUUUAGUGUAUACUGUGUUUUCUGUCAAAAAAAAAUUUUGAACAGUAACCUUAAAAAAUAUUUUGCUACAGUAUAAUAACUUUUUAUUCCUGAUGGUGGGAGGAAGGUACAAAGAAAUAUUGUAAUUAUUUGAGGAAAAAGCAUAUUAUAAAUUGGCCUCCACAAAUUAGUCUGACAUGGGAUUUGUAGGCAACAGCAGCAAUAUUGGAUUAACUGAAAGGUGGUAGGCUAGAACUCUAGUCAUUUAUUUGGGGCAGGUUUUAAUGUUGAUGGACACUUUUUAUUCAGGAGAGAGAAUGGAAGAUUCAGCUAGAAAUAGCUACUGAUUACAGAUUUUUUGUAGCAGUUCGCACCCCAUGAUACCUUUUUUAUUUUGUUGUACCUUUUCACAAAGUAUUACAAAUAAGCUUGUUUAUCCCAUUUUGGGAAUGCAAGUUUACUAAAUUUUUUAGCCUGACAAUACUUGUGUUAAAUGUCACUUUAUUGGAAAUCCUGGAAAUUUAUGAAAUUUCAACCCAAAAUUGUUAUGUGGCGUUUAAAGGUAACAAUGAUGUUUGUUACUCUUUACUUUGUUAAUUUUCGCCUUAUUUAAGGUGUGAGUAAGCCUCUUUCCAAAAUUGUUAUUGCCAGUAAAUUUAUAAAUUACAUAUAAAGAUAACAUGUUAUUAACAGUUAACUUGAUGAGGUAACUAUAUCCCUCUAUUUCUCUGGACUCACUUUUUAAAAUAUGCAGAAUACUGUGUACUGUUUAACACAGUAGAAGUCAGUGAGAAGAGUAAAGAGAGCUUUCUUCCUUGAAAGAUACUUACUGGGGUACCAUUUGCCUCACAGCGAGAUGUUCCCCACUCUCCCCACCCCCAGUGUCAGGUAAAUGAAAGGUUUAUUUGAAAAACAAGUACUAGAGCAAGGAGCUUAGAAUCUUAGGGGUACAUUUCUACAGAACUCCUUAGGUGGGCUGCACCAUACAGAAUUCUCUUACUGUAUUGCAUAAGUGUUAGCUAAGUUUUUGUUCUCUUUUGGUUAUAUUUUCUGAAUUAUUUAUGCAACAAGGUGAGUGUUAAUAUUGCAUGACAUGCAUUUAUCUUGUUCCACGAAUUUCUCAGUACUAUACAAGAUUAACAAAAUAAUGCCUGUGGUAUCGUCCUCUCUUGCUUUUAUACAUGUGAUCUUAGCACUGUUAGAGUACUGCAAAAACCUUGGGUUAUUUCAGUAUCUUAUGAUUCAUUCAUUAUUUUAUUAUUGGCCAGUUGUUAUUGGCCUGUUUUAUUCUAAUUUCCAGAAAAAUCAUGUCUCAGUAUUAGAUUACUGCAAAUAACUUUAUCUAAAACCAAUGUAUGAUUCUGCCUUCCUUCCUGGGCAAAUGAUGUGUCCAGUCCUCCCACCCCACCUCUCCCUUUUUUUACAUUUUGGGACAAAGGAAAAGAUUAGAACAAUUCUUAUGAGGUGUUUUGUUAGUGUGGUAGACUUACGUAAUUCCUAAAAUCUGUUUCUCUUGAGCCAGCCAAUGGGGAGGAAUAGGACCAUACAAAUAGUUUUAUCAUGCUAAAUAAGUUUUUUAAUUUGUAGAGUCAGCUAAAUACCAAGCAUUUAUAUUUAAAUGCUGUCUUUUUUAUUUUUGUUUUAUUUUGUUUGUAAAUAAGGUAACUGGGCAAUCAAACACCUUUUGGAAAUCUUGGCUUUAGUAUUUCAUCAGCCAUUUCAAAGUUAAUAUAAAAAUACUUUGUAGGAAACUUGCAUUCUGAUUUUUCUUUAUUGCAGUUGAAAGUGUAAAUAAUAAGACAAUGUUAAGAUCUUCCUAAUGUCUCAUAUAAACCAGCUAUAGCAAGUUGUCCUAUUUUUAUUAGGUUUUAAAGGUUUUUGUGGUUUUUUUUCUUUUCUAAAUGUACAGUAGACUGGUGUCUGUUUAAGUGUUAACUGUAGUGGGAUUUGUCCAGCAAGCCUGAAAUUUAUACUUUGAAAUAAACUAUGGGUUUUUAACAUUCUGA